AUGAGUAAGACAAGCCUUACAAACAAGCUCUCCAUUCAGGAUAUCGAUGUUAAUGAUAAGCGUGUUCUCAUGCGUGUCGAUUUCAAUGUUCCGUUCCAAGAUGGUAAAAUAAGUAACAAUGCACGCAUAGUUGCCGCAUUACCUACUAUUACAUACGCACUUGAUCAUGGUGCAAAGUCUGUCAUUUUAAUGUCUCACCUUGGUCGGCCAGACGGUCAGCAAAAUCCGAAAUAUUCUCUCCGUCCUGUCGCCGAAGAGCUCAAGACAUUGCUUAAUAAAAAUGUUACAUUUUUGGACGAUUGCGUUGGACCCAACGUCGAAAACGCAGUGAAUGCCGCCAGUGGUGGUGAAGUCAUUCUUCUCGAGAAUCUUAGAUUUCACAUCGAAGAAGAAGGAUCUGCAAAGGAUGCAGACGGUAAAAAGAUAAAAGCUUCUUCAGAGGCAGUAGCCCAAUUCCGCGCUUCGCUCUCUAAACUCGGCGAUCUUUACGUAAACGAUGCAUUUGGUACUGCUCACCGUGCGCAUAGCUCGAUGGUCGGUAUUAACUUACCCAUUCGCGCAUCUGGAUUCCUAUUGAAGAAAGAACUCGAUUUCUUUGGAAAAGCUUUGGAGAAUCCAGAAAGACCAUUCUUGGCUAUUCUUGGGGGUGCUAAAGUUUCGGACAAGAUCAAAUUAAUCGAUAAUCUGUUAGAUAAAGUAAAUUCGAUGAUUAUUACUGGUGGUAUGGUUUUUACUUUUAAGAAAACGCUCGAGGGAGUAAAAAUCGGUAAUUCGCUUUUCGAUAAUGACGGCGCUAGUACUGUUGGUCAGCUAGUCGAGAAGGCAAACUCAAAAGGCGUAAAGUUGGUCUUCCCCAUUGACCAUGUGAUUGCCGACAAGUUUGAUAAGGAUGCAAAUAUUGGCUAUGCAACAGAUGAGGAGGGGAUCCCCGAUGGCUGGUUAGGACUCGACUGUGGUGAGAAAUCUAAUGCUCUUUUCAGAGAAACUAUCCUUGAAUCAAAGACUAUUCUAUGGAAUGGUCCAACUGGUGUCUUUGAAUUCGAUAAAUUCGCAAAAGGAACCCAAUCAGCCCUUGAUGCAGUAAUCGAAGCUACGGAGAAAGGUGCUACUACAAUAGUCGGUGGAGGUGAUACGGCUACUGCUGUUGCCAAGUGGCAUGCAGAAGACAAGAUUUCCCAUGUCUCUACUGGCGGUGGGGCUAGUCUGGAACUAUUAGAAGGCAAGGAACUUCCUGGUGUAGCCGCACUAUCCUCAAAAUAA